UUGGAGGAGCCUCUAAUUGAAACAGGCACAGGAGGGCUGUGGUGGGUGGCUGGAGGGGCCCGGCAGCGCCGCUGGAUCCGACUCCGUGUUUGCUUUGGCUCCUUCCCCCUCCCGGCAUCGUCUCCUGGGCGGUGGGAGCUGCACCCUCUGCCCUGGCACUGACUGGGCUGGGGCCGAGGCAGCGCCAGGCAGGGUGAGGAGGGGCUGUCCUGACACCUCUGCAGAGCCCCCCAGGGAUGUCACACAGAAAAUGACCCGGGAAUGGUGCCUGUCCGAGGGAUCCGGCAUGGCCGGAGCUGCCCCCGGAGCGCCCGGCACCGGCUGUCACCCCACAACCCGUGACAGGGCUGCAUUGUUUGGGAUCAGAGACAAACUCCUUCAGUUGCUGCUGCUGCAUUUCGAGGGAGGUGGUUUAACCACUGCCUGCUCCUGCCAGGGCUCCUGCUGCAGCAGGGGAUGCAGGGACACGGCCCCACGGGAAUGGGGGACGGGAUCCCCUGUGCUGAUCGGACACCACCCCACGGGCACAGCCCCACGUGCAGCUGGGCCCUGCCCAGGAUUCUCCUGUGCUGGGGCCUGGAGCCGAUGGCAGAGAAUGUCAACAACUAACAACAUAGCGCAGGCCCGGAAGCUGGUGGAGCAGCUCCGCAUCGAGGCCGGCAUCGAGAGGAUCAAGGUCUCCAAAGCGUCUUCCGAGCUCAUGAAUUACUGUGAGCAGCAUGCCCGGAACGACCCCCUGCUGGUUGGAGUCCCCGCUUCCGAGAACCCCUUUAAGGACAAAAAGCCCUGUAUCAUCCUAUAGCUCCGGCACCGCCCCCGGAUCCCUCCGGAACGGAUCCUGCUCCAGCCACCGAGACCCAGCUCCCACACCUGCGCCCGGGGGUAAACCCUAAAUGUUGGCUUCAAACAGAACUUAAAUUACCACCCCCCCCCCAAAAAAAAAAAAGAAAAAAAAAAAAACCAACAAAAAAACCCAAACACCAGAAAACAACCGAUACGGAGACGAUAAUUUGGGAGCAGUUUUUAGGAAAGGGGGGGGGGCCUCUGUUCCUGGGAAAGGGGCUGCACGUGGAGAGGGGGCGAAAUUUAAAUCAGAAUCCAAAACAACCAGGGCGGAGGGAGGGGGUUGGGGGGUUAACAGGGGCAUUGGAAUUCAGAAGUGUGGGGGGUGGAGGCAGCGGUGGGUGGGGGUUGUGGCUUUUCCCAGUGGGAUGUGAGACUGGAGCUCCGGGACCUGGCUCUGGACACAGCUCCAAUCCAGUUUAGUCUCCAACCAGCAGGAAUUCGCUCUUGUUUCUGGAGAGGGAACAAGGAGGGGGCCCAGGUGGGAGAGGAUCUUGUAGGAUUUUGUAGGAAAUUAGUACCGAAAAAGAAAACAGGAUAAAAAACCAACAACCCCAACAAAAAAAAAAAACCCAGCUGGAAAAAUCCCUGUUGGGAAUGGCUGAAGGGAGGUGGGGGGGCCCCUUCCCUGCAUCCCAGGGCUCCGCUCGGAGCAGGGAAUGGCCCUGGGGGGGAGCAGCCGGCAGCAGGGACAGAUCCCAAGAGGAAUGUUAGGGAGCCCCAGGGAUGGGGCAGGCCAGGACCAGCCCCCCCCAGCUGCUUUUGGGGGGUCUCUGUGCUGUCCCCAAACGUGGGGGGGCAGGGGGAGCAAAGGGGCUUCCUGGUGCGCAUCCAGAAUCUGGGAAAAUCGUCCUUUUGGGGGAGUUUCAGCCCAAAACUCUAAACCCGGCAAAUUUCCCAGCAUUUCCCGUCUCCCUCGCCGGGAGCAGCGAGUGGAAUUCCUUCCCCUGGAGCCGGGGAAUGAGGGGCAGCGGGAGUUCAGAGGGAGUUCAGAGAUGAGGGUGAGGAGAAGAAACGGUUCAGUUCCCAUCCCUUGGGAAUCUCGGACUGGGAUUUGACAGGGAGCACCGGGGGCUGACCCGGCACAGAGCAGGAAGAGGGAGCAGGAAGAGGGGGAGCAGGAGAGCCUCCUCCCACGGAGCCUUGGAGAUCCUUGGGAGAGAGCCUGGAGCUCGGGGACGUCCCAUGGAGCUGCCCAGCCACCGGAUCUGUCGGGAAGGGGACGGAUCCCGGGAUUACCGGACCCGAUCCGUGUCCACAGGGCAGAUCCCGGGGCUCAGCAGCUCCUCAGAUUGUGGCCAGCGCUCCCAGAAUCCCAGAAUUAGGUUGGAAUCUGGGAUCAUCAGGUCCAGCCUCCCACCGUGGGCAGAGGCACCGUUUGUGGCCGUUCCCGGUUAUCCUGAACACGGGUGUUGGUUUUGGGAAGGAAAGGAAAGGAUCAAACCAGCCACACCUGAUGGGAAAUCCUGGGGAGUUUCCCCAUCCCCCCCAGAGCUCUGGAUCGGGUUUGAAACGCCAGAGCCUGGCAUUUCCCAUGGGAAAGGGGGGCUGGAGGAGCCCCCCGGGCUCAGCUGAUCCCCCCCGAGCUGUCAUGGUCCAGUUGAAGAGAGAAUCCCUGCAGCCCAAACUGGGGCUGCUGCUCGGAGUCACUGGUGCAGGCAGGGCACUGGCAGGUUCUCUGGCUGCUCUCCAGAGGCAGGAGAUCCCUGGGAUGGAAUUCCCAGGGCUGUCACUGGCUCCCAGGCACCCGGAGCUGCCAGAGUGGGGCUCAGAGACAGGGAGAGGAGCAGAGCCCGCUUGGCUGGCACCCGGGGAAGGGGAUUCCUCCCGGGAUACCGGGGGGGCUGGGAUGGGCAGAGCUGCUCCGUUUCCAUUCCUUGGUUGCAGGAAUCUCGCCAUUCCUUGUUUUCAGUCUGCCAUCACUUGCCUUUUAAACAAAAUAGGGAAAAUCCCACAUUUUUAACACUAACAGGACCCUCCCCCCGUGUGUGCCCACCGUGGCUUUCCCGGGAUCCUGGGGAAAGUUCCUGUGCCCCCUCACUGUGUCCUGGGCUCCUGGCCUGGCAUUCCAGGGCACAGGUGACCCCUUGGAUGUCACCCCAUCCCGGUGUGAGGGAGCAGAGCAGGGAAAAGGGGGAUAUUUCCCUCUGUGUCCCCUCCCCGGGACAACAAACCCUUUUUGGUGAGUUCUGUCCUAAAUCCAGAAUAACUCCAAGCUCCCGCCCGCCGGGAGGCUCCGGACACUCCGAGUCCAGCCUGGGCUCAGCCACAGCCGGGCUUUCCCUUCUCCAGGAGGGAAUUCCCUCUGUCCUUAAUCUCGUACAGUUCCAGCCUUAUUUUUCUACUCCAGAUCGCUGAUUCUUCCUCUGUGUUAGAGACCAGAGCAUGGUGCUAUCCCGGAGCCGCGGGGACGGAGCGGGAACGGAGCCGGGAAUUCCCUCCUCCUCCUCCUCCUCUUCCUCCUCCUCCACCCCCCAAGCAGGGGCUGCCGGACCCCCCGGCACCCUCAGGGGCUCCAACAUCCUGCCCUUCCCGGCCCCCACUGCGGCACCCUCGGCAAAUCCUGUGGGAUGCUCGGCCAGCGGAUCCUUUGGGAUGCUCAGCCGGCAAACCCAGGCACGCCACGGUCCAGCACUUUGGGGUCACUCUGCCUCCCCCUCUCAUCCUUCCACCCACCCCAGGGUCCUGCCCGAGCCGUGCUGGAGAGGGAGAAAGGGGCAGGGAGAAGGGAGAAGGGGCAGGGAGAAGGGAAAAGGAGCUGGGAAAAGGGGCAGGGAGCUGGGAGAAGGGGCAAGCUGGGAAAAGGGGGUGAGGAGGUGGGAGCAGGGGCAGGGAGCAGGGGCAGGGAGCCAGGACAAAGGCCAUGGAGCAUCUCCCGUGGGAGCCUGGGGACAGGGCUGGGGGCUCCCGGCGCGGGGACUCCGGAAUUGCCAGCGGCCGAGGGUCCCGCCGGAGCCGGGGGGUGGGAGCUGCCGGCGGGUGCUGGGGCUCCGUGGGGGACUCGUUUCGGUGGAAAAAAUCCUUGAUUUUAAAUUUUUUUUCUUCUUUUUUUUUUUUUUUUUUUUUGGGAUUCUUUCCUCGUCUGAGUAAAUCCGUGCUCAUCCUGUAGGUGUUUUUGUAUGGCAUAAAUAGAAGUGCAGAUUCCAGUAGUCGCUUGUACUUUGUUAGUGCAUUUGCCAAAUAAAUUUAAAAAAAAAAAAAAAAAGAAAAAAAGGGAAAAAAAGAAAAAAAAAACCCACAGAAAAAAAAAGACUUUUCAGAACUUUUUAAGUGCUGCAGAGGGCGAAGGGGGAGCAGGAGGAGCCGGAGCCCCGGCUCCACAAAGGCCUUUUUUUGGAGGUAACCACAUGCCCAGAUCUGUCCAGCCUUUCUUUAUGGCAUGUGGUGAAACCAGUGCCAAAAAUAGAAAACUGGGAAAGAAAAGGGAGAGGGAAACAUUGCCUCUAUUUAAUUUUUCCUCCCUUUUCCUUGUCCUCCCCUCCCUGUCUCGGGGGACGGAGCCGGGAGACUCCCGGGCACCCCAAGUCCGGUGUGGUCCGGAGCCUCUGGAUCCUCCCAAAUCCCCCUUGUUUCCAAGUGCUUAAAAAGUCGCCUUUAUUUAACAAAAAACCCCAAUAACUCAUUUAUCCGUCGCGCAGAGGCCUCGCGGGUCCCUCCGCACUCCUCAUUUCCUUCUCUCUGGUCUAUUCUUAUAAUAAUAUUAUUAUUAUUAUUGUUAUUAUUAUUAUUAUUAUUUGCCAAACUCUGAUCUCGUUGCCAAACGCCAAUCCAGGUUUGUACAGACUGUCCUUAGGAAGUGGUCGGUGUCUGUGCCGUAGGCUCCUCAUCCGUCUGCGAUUCCCGGGUUUUUCCUUCCUCGUGUGCCAUAGCCCGAUUUCUCGCACAGUGUUGAAUAUUUCGUGGAAUUGUUGUUCCGAAGUGAAUGGAUAACACAAUAAAAAGGCUCACUUUGCAUUUUA